UCUAACGUCUGCGACGCACGAGGCUCUCUCGCUCUCGCUGGUGUUUCUGGGACGUGUUUCUGUCGGAGAAACGCCACAGGUGUGAUCGCCGCCGCCUGAAUUAGCGAGCACCUCAGGGCGCGCACUCGCCACCAUGACGGACCGGUACACCAUCCACAGCCAGCUGGAGCAUCUGCAGUCCAAGUACAUCGGCACGGGCCACGCCGACACCACCAAGUGGGAAUGGCUGGUGAACCAGCACCGCGACUCGUACUGCUCCUACAUGGGCCACUUCGACCUCCUCAACUACUUCGCCAUCGCCGAGAACGAGAGCAAAGCGCGCGUGCGCUUCAACCUGAUGGAGAAGAUGCUGCAGCCGUGCGGGCCCCCGGCGGACAAGCCUGAGGAGAACUGAGCCCCCCGAGCGCCCCCGCUCCAAGCGCCCUCCGGCCAUGCCGGGACGCAGGCUUUCGCCCUUUCUGACUUCUCGCUUCUGGAGGACUGAGCCCUCCCGGGCCUGCGCCCGUCUCUGACUCCCGCGGAAAGUCGGCCGUCGCUCGCUGCCUCAGCCGAGCUGGACUUUCUGCCGAAAAGAGCCCGGGGACCGUGAUUACGGGGCUCAGCACUGGCGAAUUGCCCGGGCGGCGACUCCGGAGGGAGAUUAAUUCAGAAAUUUGAGUUUGGAUUUUGGUGUUUGCUUUUUAUCUCGUCCCCAUAAAGUUAAAAAUCUAGAACAA